CAUGGUCAUAGAGACAGAAUCUGAUUCAGAUACUGGUGCAUCUGAGCAAGGGUUAGAAGUCGAACAGCCCGUGGAUUUCAUCAAUGGCAGCCCCAGAGGCAAUGAUUCUGAGACAUUUCACGGUGGAAGUGAAAGUGAAUAUGAUGGACCAGUCCAACAAGGCAGACAAAAUGAGGACAUCAAUCCCCAGGAUGACGCUGAAUCUGCUGGAGAAUCAGAUGAUGGAGAAAGAAUCCUUGGUUCUGAAGAGGGGACCGACUCUGAUGUGGCCGAAGGAUCUUCUGAUGAUCAACAAAAUGGGGAUUCUGAAGAGGAAGAAAUUGAUCAACAACUCUACUCGGAUGAGGGAUCUGAUAUGGGAGAGCAUAAUCCAGAUCUUGAGGAGCAGCCUCAAAAUCUGCAAAUACCAAACGGGGAUGAAGUCAUCUCUAGCGAUGGGAGUGAUGUGACAAAGUUCGACAGCUUUCUUGCCGUCCUCGCCUUCGCCAUGAAGCAUCACAUUACUGGAGUGGCUCUUCAGGACCUCAUCGACCUCAUCAAUCUUCACUGCCCACACUCUCUCCCACAGUCCAAGUACUUGUUUAACAAUGUCUUCCAUACAUUUAAAGACACGUGCCAGUUUCACUUUUACUGCAACUGUAUGAAGUACUUGGGGAAAAGAGGGGAAUUACCAGAAAUAUGCGACAAAUGUGGGGAAGAAAUAGAUGAGGAUAACAAGGUUAAAGAAGGGAAAUUCUUCCUAGUAUUUCCUCUUGCUGACCAACUACAGUACCUGUUGGAACAUACCGAAGUUGGUGGGACCAUUAUAAACCGAGAGAUAAGGAGGACGGAUGAAACGAUAUCCGAUAUCACAGAUGGUACAAUGUACCAAGAGUUAGUCAGGGAAGGGCUCCUUUGCCACAAGGAUAAUCUUUCUCUUUCAUGGAACACUGAUGGUGUUCCCAUAUUCAGGUCGUCAAAGUCAUCAAUGUGGCCGGUCAUGUGUACGAUAAAUGAGCUGCCCAUGAGGAUGAGAAGAGAGAAUGUUAUGCUCACUGCUCUGUGGUUUGGGGAGAUCAAGCCAGACAUGUCUGUUUUCCUCAAACCAUUUGUUGAUGAGUGUAAUGUUCUCUCUUCUACAGGCCUACAGUGGACACAUGUUGGUGUGGCCAAAACAUCAAGAGUGUUUCCACUGCUGUGCACUGUAGAUUCUGUGGCUAGACCACUUCUACAAAACAUGAUCCAGUUCAAUGGGUUUUAUGGAUGUCCUUUUUGUAAGGAGAAGGGGGAACAUGCAGAAAGGGCUAUGCGGUAUCCAUACAAGGAUCCUCCUGCGGAGCAAAGGACCUGUGAGGAAACAAAAAUGCAAAGUGUCCUCGCUGCAGAGUCGGGCAUACUUGUAGAUGGGUUGAAAGGUGUUAGUGUACUGUCAUUCUUGAUGUAUUUUAACAUCAUUUCAGGUUUUGUCCCUGACUACAUGCAUGCAGUCUGUUUAGGUGUAGUGAAGAAAUUCAUGCACACAUGGCUAGACCCUGUGAACAGGAACUGCCAUUAUUACAUAGGCAAUAUGAAGCACAUAAUUAACAGGCGUAUUGUGUCACUAAAAGUCUCCAAUAAUAUCUCUCGAAUUCCGAGAACGCUGAAGGAUAUCAACUUCUGGAAAGCUUCAGAAUGGAGGACAUUUUUGUAUAUCUCCCCAGUCAUACUACUGGGUAUACUCCCUAAUAGAUUUCUAGCUCACUGGACCAUGUUGGUCUGUGCUAUAUUCCACUUAAAUUCAAGACAUAUAACCAACGACAUUUUGCGAUCAAGUGAUUUCAUGUUACGAAAGUUUGUGAUGUAUGUAGUACCUUUAUAUGGUAUAAAAGAAUCUACAUUUAACGUGCAUUUAUUAUUACACAUGUCAAACAGUGUAAAACAGUGGGGACCUUUGUGGGGCACAUCAGCAUUUCCAUUUGAAUCCUAUAAUGGUUACCUUAAAAAACUAUUCUCUGGUACAAAUUAUGUUCCACAACAAAUAUUUCAGUCUGUUUGUAGACUGCAGGAUCUGGUUAGGAACAUGCCUUACAUAACUUCACAUGGUGCUGCUACAUAUGUUUCCGGAAUGGUGGGUGGCAACAAAAUUCAUAAGAAAUUUGCAAGAUUUAGAAGUGGCAAUGCUGAUGUUGUUUGCCUUGGAAGAGCUAGACUUCUUGAUUUGAGCCAGGCAUGUAUACAUGCUGUACAAGAUUUUCUUAGAGAAGAGCUUCUUGUUGUUACAGUGGAAUGCUUUGAACGUUUUAUCAUAAACAAGAUUUUGUUUUCGACGAAGCAGUACUCACAGAAUUUUAAGCGAAAUGAUUCUGUGAUAUAAACAGAAGGUUUCCUUGGGGAAAUAGUUCACUUCAUCACCUUCCAAAACCAUGAUUGUGAUGAUGAUGAAAAUUGUGCUUGCAAUAAACAUGUAUUAGUGUUGGUUGAGCAAUUUGAUGUUACCAGAAUGCUCAGAUGUAUGGAUGGACAAGAAAUAGGAAGUACACUUGACUUUAUAAGUGAAUUUUCCAGAGGUAAUAUUGUAGCCAUGGAAUGUGAUAACAUUAUGACCAAAGGUAUUGUUCUUUCAGUUGAUGACACUGAAUAUGUUGUGACUUUACCAAAUACUGAAGAAGGUGACUAAAGGUACUCGGUUACAUUGUCAGAAGAAAAAUUGCUGAGCUAAGUUUUGUAUGAAUGGUUUGGAAGAUCAUCUUGGGGAAAAGUAUCAAGCUAUCAGUUGUCUAAAGUACCAAGGAAGGCAUACUUUUUACUUCUUUUACAUUUCCUUUUGCCAUGA